ACGGUUGGAUUUAUAGCUAAUGGAAUAACAGGUGCUAUUUUCGCAUCUACUCCUCGUCAGACUGAAGCUGGCCUGGGAACGAUCGAUACCUCCCCGCUUCGCACCCGCUCGGGGAUCUUACGUACUGAGAAGCCACGCAAGCGUAUACGCACAUUACGCACAACUGCGCCAACAAUCGCCCCUAUUGGUGAAGAGAGACCACAGGUAACUUGGUGCCCUAUAACGUACCCCUUAGCAACACACGGAGUUGGUGGUUUAAAUCCAUUGCCGGAUAUUCAUGCGUAUAGGAGGGCUCAAUAUUCUUGGGAAGGUGGAGUCGGUCGGUAUAGGUCGACAUAAUACGGGAGGUAUUUUUUCAAACGCAUACUUGAACAGGAUAGUGGGGGCGUUUAAUAGCACGGCAUCCGUGAUGUCUGCUUACGUCAACAACUUUGCAAAUCCUACUAAUUCGUAACAAAUUCCUCUGACACGCUCGUCCUAUGCAGAUAUAACUCUGUCGUCCUCACAGAGUUCACCAAGUAAUGUCGAAGGACCUACCGUCCUUUAUUCUGGUAAUCCUGAAGAGUGGCCCGUCUUUAUCACGAAUUUUGAACAGUCUACGGAAAGAUGCGGUUUCACUGAGCAGGAAAACCUUAUACGUUUGCAAAGGUGCCUCAAUAGCCCGGCAUUCGAAGCCGUGUGGGGGAAAAUUGAUGAUGCCUAGUACGGUAUCGCUUGCCAUCGAAACGAUGCGGAUGCUUUACGGGCGACCUGAUGUUAUACAUCAUAUCUUGCAACGGAUUGCAGCAUCCGAUUGUGAAAAUGGAAAAGAUGGAUACUUUAAUAAACUUUGCUCUGGCGGUGCAGAAUUACCGCGCGAUCGGGCUCAGCGAUUAUUUGAACUAGGGAU